AUGAGGGCAGUCAAUAUCCAAAACGAUGUGGGUCCUGCGACCUCCCUAUUCAUAGACACGAUUGCAGAGCCCUCUCUAUCUCCCGGUCAAGUCCUCGUCUCAAUCAAAGCCUUCGGCCUCAACCGAAUGGACCUUCUUCAACGAGAAGGAAAAUAUCCAUUGCCCCCACAAGCCCCAAAAACCAUGGGCGUAGAAUUCUCCGGCAAAAUUGAAAAAGUCUACAACGAAGCCCCGGAAAUCGAGUCUUUCAAAGUUGGAGAUGAAGUAUUCGGAUUAGCAUAUGGUGGCGCCUAUGCCGAAAGGAUCGCGGUUUCGGCGAAGAUGAUAAUUCACAAACCGAAGAAAAUGAGUUCCGAGGAGGCAGCAGGAGUACCUGAAGCCUGGAUUACAGCUACACAAGCUUUAUUUCUAGUUGGGGGGUUUAAGAAAGGAGAAAGGGUGUUGCUUCAUGCUGGAGCUAGUGGCGUUUCUAUCGCGGCUAUCCAACUUGCGAAAAAUGCAGGAGCCUCAGAAAUUUACGUCACUGCCGGAUCGCAAGAGAAGAUCGACUUUUGUGUCAAAGAAUUGGGAGCAACUGCUGGCUUUAACUACAAGACCCAGGAUUUCGCAGAAGAGGUACUAAGGUUGACUGACGGAAAAGGUGUAGACGUCAUUGUUGACUAUAUCGUCGGACAAGGGUACCUAGAGAAGGACUUACGCUGUGCAGCAUUUGACAGCCGAAUCGUGAUAUUAGCUAUGAUGGGCGGAGCUAAAACGGAGGAUAAAAUCGAUGUUGGACAGAUAUUGAGGAAAAGGAUCAGAAUCGAAGGGAGCACUUUGAGGAGUCGAACGCCGGAGUAUCAACAAUUGCUAAGGGAUAGACUAGUUGAAGAGGCUAUGCCUAGGUUUGAAGAGGAUAGUUUCAAUAUCGUUAUUGAGAAAGUGUUUUCGUGGAAGGAGAUUAUCAAAGCUCACCAGUUGAUGGAAUCAAAUCAAACUAAAGGUAAAAUCAUCUGCGUGGUGGAUUGA